UACUGUACUCCUCCUACGCAUUCAACCAAAUGUUGAGUCUUUAUUUAAAUGAUGUUGUUGGUGCCAGCUUCUCUCUCCUAAACAAUCGGACUGAGAGAAAACUCUCUUCUCUGCUUCAGCAUCUGGGUUUUGAUUGAUUUUCCAUACAAUGAAUGACAAUAAUAAUUAUAGCAAUGAAGGGUCUGUUUGGAGGGGAAGAAAAAGAGAGAUGGAUCAAAAUGCAGGGUUGAGCAUAGACCGUACCAACAACAACAGCAAAAACAGGAAAAGCAAAAGCAAGAAAAACAGGGCUCUUCAUGGGAUCAGAAACAAGACUACAAAGAGAUACGAUCUGGUGACGUUUGAGGAAUUGCCUGAGUACAUGAAGGACAAUGAAUACAUUCUCAAUUACUACAGAUCCGAUUGGCCUCUCAAAGAGGCUCUUUUUAGUAUAUUCCGAUGGCAUAAUGAGACUCUUAAUGUUUGGACGCAUUUAAUUGGUUUUGCCCUGUUCUUGGGGUUGACAGUUGCUAAUUUGAUGCAUGUAUCUCAAGUGGCAGAGUUCUUUGGUAUAUUUACCAGGCCUUUUCUUAUGAGUGCAGAUGCAAAUGUAUCUCACAAUUCAAAGGAUUUCUUUUCAGGGCCAACAAAACUCAACUUGAACCAGCCACUAGACAUGGAGAUGACAUCCUCAAACAUGGAAGCAACACGGUGGCCAUUCUUCGUCUUCUUAGGCGGCUCAAUGUUCUGCCUCCUCUCAAGCAGCACUUGCCACCUCUUUGCUUGUCACUCCCACCACCUAAACCUCCUAUUGUUGAGAGUGGAUUAUGUUGGUAUAGCAAUCAUGAUCAUCACCUCCUUUUUCCCCCCAAUUUACUACAUCUUCCAAUGUGAACACCUUUGGCAAGUCAUAUACCUUAGCGGAAUCACAAUAAUGGGCAUUUUUACCAUUAUAACCCUACUUUCGCCUACUUUUUCAACUGGUAAAUUUCGACCCUUCCGUGCCUUGCUCUUUGUGGCUAUGGGGUUAUUUGGGCUCAUACCUGCGAUCCAUGCUGUUGUUUUGAAUUGGAGCGAGCCUAGGCGCAAUGCAACCCUAGCUUAUGAAAUGGCCAUGGCACUAUUUUAUUUGGUAGGGACCAUUUUUUAUGUUACUAGGGUUCCGGAGAGGUGGAGGCCUGGAUGGUUUGAUCUAGCUGGGCAUAGUCAUCAAAUAUUUCAUGUUUUUGUGAUAUUCGGUGCAUUGGCUCAUUAUGGUGCUGCACUUGUAUUUUUAGAAUUUCGUGGCAAAGUAGGUUGUGAAAGAAAUUAAGUGAUGAUAUGUUAAUUUAUAUUAAUUUCAGCAGGGAUUAAUGUUUGAUUGUUAGGGAUUGGAGUGUUUCUUCAUUUGUUGUAUGUAGCUCAAGGAAUAGGAGAUGAAGGAAUUGUUUUAUUUUUAUUGAUUAUGUUGAAUUAUGAAGUAAGUAGGAUCAUUUGAAAUGCAACAUCAUACUAAAUAUGGGAAACAUGAAAGUAAUAUUAAGAUCU